AUGCAAUCGUAUUUCAAGUACGGUGACCUCGAGUCGAAUCCAAAGUACUCCUGUGUAAAUGUGACAUUAACCUUUGAGGAAUUGUCAGCUAGACAUGUGAAACGUCCAUUUAUUGGACUUCUCUUCAUUACGGUCGGCGUUCUCUUUGAAAUUGCUUAUAUCCUAUCACUGUCGGUGAUUUGGUACAGUGAUCUGCUGAAGAUGUCCUGUUUUAAACUAAUGUUUGCUCUUGGUGUGCUCGACUGUUUGACGAUUAUUUUGUGCAACUUUUAUACAGGCUAUUUAUAUGUGAUCGGUUUCGAGUACUGUAUGUAUCCGUAUACGAGCUACUUUGUUGGAGUUCUGCUAGCCGACUACGGGACUUUCAUCUUUCAUCCGUUCAUUCCCGGAAAAGAAGAGCUUCAGUACACAUCGAUUUUUCAAACGACGACAAACACCUUUGUGUCGAUAGCGAUUUCCCUGUGCUACAUAGCGAUCUACAGCUCGUAUAUGGCAAAAGUUCGACUCGGCACCAGUCAAUCGCAAAAUCGAUUUCAAAGAAAAAUUCUCAUCCAAACAACCCUCGUCUGUCUUCCCACCCUUUCCACAGCAUCUCUUUGGGCAUCAUUUGCUUUCGUUUCUCCAUCCGCUUUUCUAAUGCAUUUAGCGCAUUUGAGCUGGCAGCUUAUGCACGGCAUGCCGGCUAUCGUUUAUCUUUUCGUGAAUAAAACGAUUCAAAAGCGAGCAUUUCGAAGGAUAGCUAUCUGGUUGAAUCUAUCAGCUUCUCGUGGUGGACCCUAUGCAGAUAAAAUCCAACCAAUGCCGUGCCAAAUGGGGAUAACAGAUUUAUCAACAGGACAACAGAAAACCAAU